GGCGGCGCGGCCCUUCCCCGCGGAGCGCCGCUGUCCGGUGUGGGGCUGCCCCGCCGGGAUCCCCGGGGCUCCGGUGGGUGCCGCCGGGGAUGUCCGCCCCGGCGCAGCCUGACGCUUCCGGCUCCUUCCAGAGCCCCCGGAGGCUCCCGAAGCGCAAGAGCCGCUUCAAGAGGUCGGACGGCAGCACCUCGUCCGACACCACCUCCAGCAUCCUCCGCAGGCAGGGCUCGGCGGACUCCUACACCAGCCGCCCAUCCCUGGACUCCGACGUGUCCCUGGAAGAGGACCGUGAGGGCGCCCGGCGCGAGGUGGAGAGCCAGGCUCAGCAGCAGCUCGAGAGGGCCAAGCACAAACCGGUUGCCUUCGCCGUGCGCACCAAUGUCAGCUACUGCGGGGCGCUGGAUGAGGAGUGCCCAGUGCAGGGAGCCGCCAUCAACUUUGAAGCCAAAGAUUUUCUGCACAUCAAGGAGAAAUACAGCAAUGACUGGUGGAUCGGGCGCCUAGUGAAGGAGGGGGGGGACAUCGCCUUCAUCCCCAGCCCCCAGCGCCUGGAAGCCAUGAGGCUCAAGCAGGAGCAGAAAGCCAGGAGAGCUGGCAAUGCCUCGGGCCUCGGCGACAGUGGGAGCCGGCGAUCGCCUCCCCCCUCCUUAGCCAAGCAGAAGCAGAAGCAGACGCAGCACAUCCCACCCUACGACGUGGUCCCCUCCAUGCGGCCCGUGGUGCUGGUGGGGCCCUCACUGAAAGGAUAUGAGGUCACCGACAUGAUGCAGAAAGCCCUCUUCGACUUCCUCAAGCACAGAUUUGAUGGCAGGAUCUCCAUCACACACAUCACAGCUGACCUGUCCCUGGCCAAGCGCUCCAUCCUCAACAACCUGGGCAAGCAGGCGAUCCUGGAGCGCUCCACCACCCGCUCCAGCAUUGCCGAGGUGCAGAGUGAGAUCGAACGCAUCUUCGAGCUGGCCAAGUCGCUGCAGCUGGUGGUGCUGGACGCUGACACCAUCAACCACCCGGCCCAGCUGGCCAAGACCUCCCUGGCACCCAUCAUCGUUUACGUCAAGGUUUCCUCCCCCAAGGUCCUGCAGCGGCUCAUCAAGUCCAGGGGCAAGUCCCAGGUGAAGCACCUCAAUGUGCAGAUGAUGGCAGCGGACAAGCUGGUGCAGUGUCCCCCGGAGCUCUUUGAUGUGAUCCUGGAUGAGAACCAGCUGGAGGAUGCCUGUGAGCACCUGGCUGAGUACCUGGAGGUUUACUGGCGUGCCACGCACCACCCGCCACACGCCCCCCACGCUGUCCCCUCGCCCACCGGACUCCCCGGCCUGCAGAGCCAGCAGCUGCUGGGGGAGCGGGGCGAGCACUCGCCGCUGGAGCACGACAGCCUGAUGCCAUCGGAUGAGGCGGGGGACACCUCGCCCCAGCACUGGGGAGCCACAUCCCAGCGCAGCUCGCGGCACCUGGAGGAGGAGGAGGAGUACGGAGACCCCUACCCCGACCUGUACCAGCCCCACCGGCACCACGGCAGCGGUCCCGGCACGCCGGAGCGCCCGAGCGAGCGCAACCACGACAGGAACUGGCAGCGCAGCCGGCCCUGGGCCAAGGACAGCUAUUAGGAGUGGGGAGGGGGGGGCACGGCUGGGAACCGGCCCCCCCAAACCCCGGGCGCUCCCCGCCUCGCCCCAGCCCCGCGCUGGGGGUGCUCAGACAAUCGAACUCCGCACCGGCAGCUUCCUCUCGCCCGGCCCCGGGCAGUUUUCAGCCAUAAGCACAGCGGUGGGGGGGGCCCGGCGGCCAGGAUGCCCCCUGGGACUCCCCGCCGAAGUUCUGGGGAACCUGGGGACAGACAGACACAUGCCUUCGCCCUGCCUCAGUGUCCCCCCCCGGGCCCUGCAUCACAGGCUGGCUCAUUCUCCGCAGAGCAGCUGCCAUGGAGAGUGGGUGCCCCCCCCAAAAAAAGGGGAGGUAAGGACGGGGGGCAGUUGUAGCAGCAUCCCCCACCCCGCGCAGACCCGAGGAAGAGAGGGAAGGUGCCUGCUCACCCCCGGGACCCGGCCUGCCCCCUCCCCACCCCUGCAUGGGACCCCUGGGAGGAGUGGGUCACACCACUCGCUU